AUGCUGCUGCUGUCAUUGAGCAAUUUGGAUAACAAUCCAAUUCAUAGUCAGAGAUUUAGACAUAUCGAAAGUCCUCAUUACUAUCUAGAUGAGAAUUUACAUGAAAAUAAAAUUGAAGAACUGGCAACCAUUGCCUCAGAAAUCAACCCAACCUCCACAGAAUCAAAAUCAAAAUCCAAGUUCUUUGAACAGAUAAAACCAAUUUGGAGUGCUAAUGGUAGAAGGUAUGUUAUUGCUGUUACUGUUAUCUUGGCACUUUUUGUACUCGCCCUUAUUUUUGUCAUCACUUCAACUAAAUUGUUGAAUGAUCCAGUUAAGGAUGGAACUAAAGUUGAAAAAUUGACAAAUAUCAAGUAUCAACAAUUGAAGGCUAUUCGAAAAAAUAUGAUAGAUUUAGAUACACCUGAGAAUGAGCAUAAUAGAACUUCCAAUUGGAAGUUGGUAUUUUCUGAUGAAUUUAAUAAGGACAAUCGAACAUUUGGUGAAUAUGAAGAUCAAUUCUUUACUGCUGUUGAUUUACAUUAUGGAGCAACUCAAGAUUUAGAGUACUACCUACCUCAUAUGGCAACCACAAAGAAUGGCUCUCUAGAGAUCACAUUUGACAAGUUUAAUCAUUCUGAUUUUGAAUAUAUAUCAGCAAUGUUGCAAAGUUGGAAUAAACUAUGUUUCAACAAACAAGCAAGAAUUGAAGUUCGAGCAAAAUUACCUCAUGAUGUCCAAUAUGGACUAUGGCCAGCAAUUUGGUCGUUGGGGAACUUGGCUCGGCCUGGGUAUUUGGCAACAACCGAUGGAUUAUGGCCGUAUACUUAUAACGAGUGUGAUUUAGGAAUAACUCGCAAUCAAUCCACUUUGAAUGAAAACAUGUCUUAUUUACCAGGUCAACGAUUGAGUAAGUGUACGUGUUUUGGUGAAGAUCAUCCAAGUAUUGGUGUUGGUCGAGGCGCUCCGGAAAUUGACAUAAUUGAAGGAUUAUAUGAACAUGGGCGCGUUGUUGGAGUUCAAACGGUACAAGUUGCCCCAUUUGAUGAAUGGUGGAGACCUGACUAUGAUUAUGUUGAUAUUAGCAAUAAGAAUGUAACUCAUGUUAGAGAAGAUGUGGGGACAGUAUAUCAAGAAUCUAUUUCAUUGGCUACUUAG